AUGAUGCGAAUACCGCCGCUGGUAGUGUGUGGGCCCUCCGGCGUGGGGAAGGGGACCCUGAUCAAGAAAGUGUUGAACGAAUUCCCUAGCCGCUUUCGCUUUUCCAUUAGCUGCACGACUAGGAACAAAAGGGAAAAGGAAACCAACGGGGUGGACUACUACUUUGUAGAUAAGGAUGACUUCAAGCAAAAGUUAAAGGAAGGACAGUUCCUUGAAUUUGAUAACUACGCGAAUAAUUUUUAUGGAACCUUAAAAAGCGAAUACGACAUGGCCGUGGGGGAAAACAAAAUCUGUCUCUUCGAAAUGAACAUAAACGGAGUUAAGCAGUUAAAGGAGUCUGAGUACAUACAGGACGGCAUUUAUAUUUUUGUAAAACCGCCGAGCAUUGAUAUUCUUUUGAAGAGACUAAAGAAUAGGAAUACAGAAAAUCCGGAGGAGAUUAACAAACGCAUGCAGGAAUUGACACGGGAAAUGGACGAAGCUGAUAGGGUCGGCUUUAACUACGUCAUCGUGAAUGAUGAUCUGGCGCGAACAUAUGCGGAGCUGAGGGAGUACUUGCUGGGCUCCUACCCGCAGUUAAAGGGGAGCUGA